AUUCUUUUAUUCUUUCGUGUUAUUAUCAUCUUUGCUCUAUUUCUUUUUGCUUUAGACGAAUAGAAAAACCAGAGUAUGUCUUUUCACAGGUCAAAGCAAAAUUUGAUCCCUUUCAAUUCCAUUUUCGAAGUUGCGAUCGGAUCUAUUCAUUAACAAUAAUUGAUUCAAUACGGUCUCUUAACACCUUUUUUCUUCGCAUCGGAGUCCAUGAUCCCCAACUAAUAAUGUUGACAAUCUUUGUGCUGGAGUAACUCUUCUUUCAAUCUAAUAUGUUUGCUCUCUGCCUCUACAAUCUGAGUUGUAUUUACUAUCAUUUAGAAGCACAUACUUUUGGUCUUCUUCCUUGAUUCCGCAUUUAUAUGCAUUUCAAUUUUAUUCCUGCAUAAUACUAUUAACCAUUGCAUAUUGAAUCUAUCUGUGGUUUAACCCAACUGUGGCAUUUAGGACUUCAUCUCUCUAUUUCAGCAUUAUAAGCAGGCUGGAAGUAAUAUUUGAGCAGCUGCCGGGAUUAAGGAUACGAUAUUUCUAUGCUGAGGAAUCUGUUGUGGGCUACAUCGAAGCACGAUGUCUACCUAGUGGGAGACUAUUCCGUGAUGCAUUGGUCUGCCUUGUUAAGAAAAGGGAAAGAAGUCCUUAAUGUGGCCAAACCAGUAGUUCCGACCUUGAAACGUCCAGGGUUGUUGACACAAUCACUUUCCCGGGUGCAAAUCAGCUCUAUGGCUGUGAGAGACAACAUAUUGGUGGCCGGUGGGUUUCAAGGAGAGCUUAUAUUCAAGUAUCUGGAUCAUCCUGGAGCUGCAUUCUGCACCAAGCUGACAUCAAAUGAAAAUGCCAUCACCAAUGCGGUGGAUAUCUACACCUGCCCCAGCGGCUCGACGAGGAUUAUGGCAGCAAAUAAUGAUGCAAAGAUUAGAGUUCUCGAUGCCAUGAGUUUUGCCUGCACAAAUCAGUUCUCGUUUGAUUGGUCCGUAAAUAGCACCUCGGUUAGCCCCGACGGGAAGCUGGUAGCAGUCCUCGGCGACAGCGUAGACUGCUUGCUUGCCGAUUCGCAGUCUGGGAAGGUAGCUGCUACCCUCAAAGGACACUUGGACUACUCUUUCUCCGCGACAUGGCAUCCUGACGGUCGAAUUUUGGCCACGGGAAACCAAGACACCUCCUGCAGGCUAUGGGAUAUCAGGAACCCAUCCACAUCUCUGGUUGUGCUGAAAGGCAACAUGGGGGCCAUUAGGGGGCUAAAGUUCACGUCUGAUGGGCGGUUUCUGGCAAUGCAAGAGCCUGCGGAUUUCGUCCACGUGUUCGACGUGGGAUCUGGGUAUGUGAAGUGCCAGGAGAUUGAUCUGUUCGGGGAGAUCGCCGGGAUCUCGUUCAGCCCCGAUUCGGAGUCUCUGUUUGUUGGUAUAGCAGAUCGUACGUACGGAAGCCUGUUGGAGUUCAGGAGAAGACAUUAUGACUACUGCUUGGAUUCCUCCUUUGAUUAGGGUUCUAAUGUUUGUGUCUAGAUGGUUUUUACUACAAUGUAUAUAGAAAAUCCAGGUAG